AUGGCUACCCCCUCCUCCACCUCGCUCCGCCGUCUACGGCUACCGCUAUUCGUUGCAUUUCUCAUCACCGCCGCGGGUCCAACCUACGGUGCCCCCCCUAGAAAAACCGGUAAAAACUUGGGCAACAACAACGGUGCCAAAAAAGGUGGACCCGUUCCCGUGCCCAAAAAUAAUAAAGGGGGGCCCCUUAAGGCGCCCGGGAAUAAUUUGGGCGGAAUGCCCAUUCCGGUACCCGGGAAUGACAUAGAGACACAAUUUAGGGGUUCGUGGGCCAUCGAUAACCCUAAUGCGGGCGUUGCCGCGAUGCAAUUCCAGUUAAUGCCAAACAACAAGGCGGUGUGGUUUGAUACGACGUCGCUUGGUCCAUCUGCCCGCAUACUUGGCCCGCCCGGAAAUUGCCCGAAAAGCCCCGAGUUGAACUUUGCGCCCGAUUGCUUUGCGCAUGCAAUCGCGUAUGAUGUUGAGACCGGACAAAGUCGGACCAUCUAUUUGGAUGGUGAACCAUGGUGCUCGUCGGGACACUUGUGGCCCAAUGGAGACUUGGUGGCUACCGGGGGUACUAGAGGCGGUUCUAGAUCCGUUCGAACGUUGUCGAUGGCUAACCCGAAUGCCAACUUUGUGGAGAAGAAAAAUAUUCUUGCUGAUAAAAGAUGUCAUUUAGGUUCAAUCAUUCAGUUUUUUUUUUUCUUUCAAAUUUCAUUAAUCUCUUUUGACUCUUUAUGCAGGUAUUCAUCUAACGUUGUUUUAGAAGACGGAAGUGCGGUGGUGUGCGGCGGUCGAAACUCAUUCAGCUAUGAAAUUGUGCCGCCGAACAAACUCGAAUUCGCUCCUCGAAAAUUCAACCUCCCAUUCCUCCAAGAAACCACCAUACCAAAGAAACCGGGGCCGGGAAUGUACAUCGAAAACAACCUUUACCCGUUCCUCUUCCUCGUUCCAGAUGGAAACGUUUUCCUCUUCGCAAACGACCGUGGCAUAAUUUUCAACCCGCGUACGGGCACCAUCGUCCGCCAGUUCCCAAAACUACCCGGUGGGGCCCGAAACUACCCGCCUUCCGGGAUGGCCGCCCUCCUUCCAAUAACCCUCAUCCCGGGAAACAUCCCCGCUGAGGUGGUGAUUUGCGGGGGAAACACCGAGAACGCCUACGCGUCCGUCGACAGCAAACAUACGAGAAACCGCGUUUUCACGCCCGCACUCCGAGACUGCCACAGGAUAGUGGUGACAAAUCCAGCCUCGACAUGGGUGAAAGAACAAGACAUGCCAUCGGGGCGGUGUAUGGGGGACCUCGUACACCUCCCCACGGGCAAUCAUCUUUUAAUGCUCAACGGCGCCCAAAAGGGCGUCGCCGGAUGGGAAAACGCAAUGGACCCGAACUUGACUCCGGUGCUAUACAUGCCGAAUAAACCGAUGGGUCAACGGUUUAAAGAAAUGGCUCCGACCAAAAUCGCCCGAAUGUACCAUUCGGUCGCGGCGUUGAUGCCGGACGGCAAAAUACUAGUAGCCGGAAGCAACCCGCAUUCAAAAUACGAUACGAAGGCGCAGUACCCGACGGAGCUUCGGGUCGAGAAAUUCUCCCCUCACUAUCUCGACCCGGCAUUGGCCGGAAAACGGCCGGUGAUCGCUCCGACGUCGGAGAAAGUGUUGAAGUACGGUAGAGAGUUCAGGAUUACGGUGAAAUUUCCUGGUGGUCCGGCAAAUGUUCAAGAUGUGACGGUGACAUUGUUCUAUCCACCAUUUACAACUCAUGGGUUUUCAAUGAAUCAAAGAUUGUUGAUUCUUCCGUUGAAGGUGGUGACGAAUGACUUCAUCACCACCGUAGCGCCGCCAUCUGGAAAGAUUGCUCCGCCGGGGUAUUAUAUUUUGUUUGUGAAUUUCCGGGGAGUUCCCGGAAAGGGUAUUUGGGUGCACGUUGACUAAGAUUGUAAAAAAUAGAGUGUUUGACUUAGAAAGUCAAAUGUUUGACUUGUUUAAGUUAAUUUAUGAGUUAAUGUAUAGAGUAAAAAGUAGGAUUUAAAUGUAAAAAAAUAGAAUUUUUCUACGUUU